AUAUAUACACGGCAAUUUAAAAGAAAAAAGAAACAACUUUUGGACAAGUGUAGAGUGAGCCAAGUCUAGUGCCAACCACGCCCUGAGCACCCCUCGCUCUGUGCUGGUGCUAAUGUGCAAAGUUUUGUGUUUUCAACAACAACAACAGCAAAUUCACUGAAAAUUAUUUAAAAAGUGUGUGCAAAUAGACGAACAACAACAAUCUCUGGAGAAUUAACAGAACGGAAAACAGUUGCUGCCCCCGCAAUGCCCUUCGUGACACCCCGCAGCACAACAACAAGCGCUGGCAGCGCAGCUGGCGCCGGUGCUGGCAGCAGCACUGGCCGCACCACAUUUCGCCCACCAUGGGUCAAAGAGGAUGCGGCAGCAGCCACAAAGCCGGCGACAACGCCUUGGGCCCAAAAGGCAGCUGCAGCUGCAUCCGCCAAGGAAAAUGGCGAGAAAACAGCUCCAGCGUCAGCAACAGCAACAGCCAACAGCAAAGCAAAGGCAACGCCAACAUCCACAACCACAGCAACAGCAGCAGCAGCAGCAGCCAAGAAGACAGCUGAGCCAGCGAAAAAGACACCUGAGCCGGCCAAGAAGGCAGCCGUAGAGCCCGCCAAGAAGACCACAGCAGCAACGACAGCAGCGGCCAAAAAGCAAGCGGAGCCAGCGAAAAAAACCGUUGCCGAGCCGGCGAAGAAAGCAGCGCCCGAGCCGGUCAAGAAAUCGAAUCUGGUCACAAAAAAGCCCUUGGCCAAGAAGAAGGAGCCAACGCCGCCGCCCGAAAGCUCCUCUGAGGAGGAAGAAAGCGAAGAAGAGGAGGAGGAGGAGGAAACUGAAGAGGAAACUGAAACUGAAGAAGAGACCGAGGAGGAGGCAAGCGAAGACGAGGAAGAGGAAGACGACGAUGAUGACGACGACGACGACGAUGACGACACCACGCUAGAUGCCAAGGUGCCGGAGCACGUGAAGAAGGCCGCACAGCUGCGCCCGACGCCGAUCAACAAGAAGCCGGAGGAAAGUGAGUUAACACAACGUUUCACCUUAGAGAAACCCAAAUUGCGCAGCGUUGUAGUCAAGCGUGACAAAUCGAUGAAGAAGGUGGCGCCCGAGGAUGACGACGAGGCUGUCGACGGCGAAACGGAGGAGGAGCGUGAGAGACGUUUGCGUUUCAAGCUGGAGAAGCCGAAAUUGAGGCACGUGAAACGCGAGGAGAAGCCACUGCCCAGCAAGAGCACCGACAAUCUGCUAAAGAUCCGACCAGUUCUCAAAAAGGUACCCAAAGUUGAUGAAAUACUCAAAGAACCCAAAGAAGAACCCAAGCCCGAAUUCAAGACCAAAACCCUGAGGAAAGCGCCCUCAAUAAAGCGCGAACCGAGCAUCAAAAAUGUUCCAGCGCCACCGCCGCUGCCCUCGUUGGUGCCAAAGGCUCCACCACCGCCCCCGCCGCCAUUGGCGCCCGGCGAGAAGCGGGUGCUCAGCGAAACGCAAAAGCAAACGCUCGAGAAGCUCAAGUCACGACCACGCAGACGGCCGGACUGGUCCGAGAUGAUGAAGGAGGUGGAGAGCGGCAAGAAGCUGCGCCAUGUGGCAUGCAACGACAGAUCUCAGCCCAUAUUGACAUGCAAAUCGAUGACCAAAGUGGACGACAAAUUCAUCUAUGAAACAGAGAAGGACAACUCGCACAACAAGCUGCUCAAGCAGAUUCAGGGCGGCGUGCGGCUGAGGCCCACGCAGACAAACGAUCGCAGCAAGCCCAUAUUGGAGGGUCUGCGCAAGUUCCGACGCCAGAUGACCAUCGAGGAGCAGCUGCACAAGUCCCUGUCCAAGGUCAAUAUGCUGAGCGAGGCGCCCAGCAGCCAUGCGCUGAACAGUGCGAACAGUGGGUCGGCGAGCGCUGCGGGCAGCUCCAGGCCCAGCAUUGUCUCGACCAUGUCCAUCGAUGAGGAGAGUCCCGAUGAGCUGGACGAUAUCGACAAGUUGCGUGACGAUUUGCAGAGCACCAAGCAGAUGCUGGCCCUGGAGCUGCGCAACCGUGAGGCGCAGGAGCGUGAGAACAAGAAGCUCUUGGCCAAAAUACGUACGCUCGAGACGGAACUGGAGCGUGAGAAGUCGCGCGAAAAGAAUCUUGAGUAUGGCUCCAAUGUUAUUGUGGCCACCAUGGAUCCCACGCCCACAACCGAGCAGGCGUAUGUCAACUCACUGAAACGCGAAGUCGAGGACGCGCGCAAGGUGUCCAAGGAGGUGGAGAAGAACUAUCACGACCAGGGCAAACUGCUAGUCGAGGCGAAAACAGAAAUCGAGGAACAAAAGCGACAGAUACAAUUGCUCGAGCGCAAAUUGGCAGCUGCUUUGCAGGCAAAUACGACACCAAGCACUAACAGACCGCGCAUUAGUUUUCGCUUUGCUUACGACGACGAGGACGAGGACGAUGAUUACUACGGUGAGAAGGGGACCAAUCAUAAGGGCGGCACAUUUGAUGGCUCGAGAAGACCCAGCGAUCCACUUUUUGGACGCGACAGCUCACCCGAACUGGAGCUGGAGCUGAGCGAGAGCGAUCCCGAUGAGCCGGAGGAGAAGAAGACAGAGCGACGCGAGCGACGAAUGGGCAAGGAGGUGAAGGUGCUGCGCAGCAAGCUAACCAAACUGAAGGUCAAGGAGGAGGCGGCCAAGAAGGAGAAGGAUGCACUGAAGCAGGCCAUGAAAAAGAAUCAUGUUAUACUCAAAGAGGAGAACAAAAAGUUCAAGAAACUGGAGAAAGAGGUGCAAAAGAUGGCCGCAUCGAUGAAGCUGGACGAGGACGAGCUCGAUGGCGAAGACAAAGAAGAAGAGGAGACAGCCGAAGAGGAACAGCAGGAGGAAGAGGAAGAGUCCGAGGAGGAGUCAGAAGAAUCCGAAUCAGAGGAGAGUGAAGCAGAACCGGAAAGUGAAUCCGAAGCCGAAGAUGCUCCCAAUUCCGCCAAGAAGAGCAACUUGGAGCCGCGCGUGAAGAAGCACGAGAGUCGCUUUGCGGCAAUGAAGAAAUGCAAUGUGCUGCUGCAGGCGAACGUGGAUAAUUUGCAGGAUCAAAUUUCACAGGUGCGCUCCAGGGCUACCAAUCUGCAGGAUGAACUGGAUGCGGUUAUUGCCGAUUUGGGUUUCUAGGCCCAUGAGUCACAAUAUGAAGAAGACGAACAACGACAGCUGCAGCUCCCCAGUAAAAAUGAAUCGAAUGUACAACGUGUUUGUUUACUGUUUGCGUAGUGUUCCUUUUUUUCAAUGUAUUUAAAUAUAAUUAUAUUAUCGACAUAUGUAAGUUCAAGGCACACUAUGUAUGUAUUCACAAGCACAUCAAGCACUUUUGCAAAUUGGUUGGAUAAUUUUGUA